GCUGCGAGUUAUUGUUAUUGUUUGAGCUCUAUUUUCCUCUGCACGACAGUUCAAGCUCGCUCUAUGCUUUGUUGCUGACUGGGGGAAGCGUCGGCGGGGACGUUAAUCUUGCUUCGCUAUGCUGCUGGUCCGAUUAGCUUUGUUGCUGCUUGUCCAAGCGCUGAGAGUGGCGCACGCCGACUGCCCAGCACCUUGGGUGAAAAAUCUGGAAGGAGUAUGGCAGGCCAGUUAUCGGUCAUCUGCUGACCAGGAGGUGGCCAACGUGUUCAAUAUCAGUCUAUGCGCUGCUCUGCCGGAGGAGGAAGGCUGCAAGGACGCUGCUGUCUGCGAGCGCCUACUGGGUGGCAAAGAUGUGCGUCGUGUUGGCCGCUGGAAGACGGAUGUUGACGUGGAGGCUACGUCCAAUGUCACCUCGAACUGGGAGUACCGCAUGAGUUACAAGGCUGAUUGUGCUGCGCGUCCCGACUCGGAUGGUGUGGUCACCAUUGAAUUCUGGUGUGGCACGACCUUGGGCGCUCCCGAGAUUGUGUUCAGCGAUGCCAUGCAGUGCCGCCACACCAUCAUCUGGCGCACGUGGGCGGCGUGCCACACUAGCACCGUUCAGCGCCGGCAGCAGUACCGCGAGAGGCCAUGCUAUGCGUUAGAUCAGAAAGGUGGCCUGAUUGAUCUCUCGCGCCUGGUUCACUUUAACGGAGCCACAAUGGUCACGCUCGGUGACACCCUCUACUUCUACGACAUGUGUCGGCGCAUCAGCCGUGAUCCCAAUUCCAAGCAGAUCCCCAAGGCGUGCGACAAGAGCACUCUGUGCUCCGCUCCCGUUUCCGACCCCAUGAACGGCACGCCUCUUGCCGUCAACUCGUCGUCGCUCAUGUACGAUGCGAACAACAAUGCCGUCUAUGUGAAGUUCUCCGGCGGGCCGACCGCAAAGUGUCCGAAGGGUUUCAAUGCCAGUGUUCACUUGACCUGCCCAUCGAAAGAAGGAGCGGAGCGUGGUGUGUCCAUGACGGCUGAUGGCGACUGCGUGAUGGAGUUAUCCUGGAUAACGCAGCAUGCAUGCCCGCGCGAAACGCACAUCAGUGAGUCGUGUGUGAUGAAGCAGUCGGGCCACACCUACGACCUAAGACCACUGGUGUCGGCUGCCAAGGACACUGGUUAUGUGCUGGCUACUGGAACUGGCCCCAACCUGAAGUUCCAGCUAAAUCCAUGCAAGGCAUUUACAAGCGCCAGCGGCUGUGAUGACGUAACGGCGUGUCAGGUCGACAAUGGGAAAGCGCAUGCCAUGGGCCGUUCUUUUGACCGGCAGCUGCACCUGGUGGACGGUGAGUUUGCCAUGACCCUGGAGCACGGACAGCGCUGCUCCAGUCAUCUGCAGCGUACUACCGUCAUCCAGUUCCAGUGUAAUCGCACUGCGGGCUAUGGCCAGCCACACUAUGUGCGCGAGGAUGACUGUGUGUACAUCUUUGACUGGGCGAACAACAUCACGUGUACCAGUCUGGAUGCUGCUCCCGCCAGUACCUCUAGCCCAUCGUCAUCGUCUGCAGAUAGUAGUGUUGCUGAUCACAUGGAGAAGGGCGGCGAAGCAGCCGUGGAACAGGGCGAGGCACUCUGCCAGACUUCUCAACUUGUCAACGGCAAGCGCUUGCAGUACAACCUAUCCCCGUUGACCAAUGACGAGACCAACUGGCAGGUUGUGACGGGGAAGGGCGAGCGAGCAUACACCUACUUCAUCAAUGUGUGCCGUGCUGUAGUCUCCACUGGACGUGCGGUCAACUGCUCCAGCUCGGCAGCUAGCUGUCAGAUUCGCACUCAUGAUUUCGGCUCGCAGCCUGCCGCUUUCAGCACCGGCAAGUUCGUCAGUGCGCCAUCCGUCGAAGGUGGAAUGGUGACGCUGCGCUAUCGCCACGGCACCAAGUGUCAUCAUGCUGGUGAGCGCGAGACAAUCAUUCGCUUUGUGUGUGCGCCCGGUGUGACGACAAGCAGUCCAGUGUUCGAGGACGAGCUGGACAACUGUACGUAUGCAUUCCAAUGGCACACGGCGUACGCAUGCCCCGAGUCCGCUCAGACCAGCGACUCGUGUCAGCUGACGGACUCGCACUCUGGCUACACGUUUGAUGUGGCCAAUCUGGGUAUGGCAUCGACCGUGAUCGGCAGCGGCUCAUCCACCAACUUGACCGUGGCGGCGUGCGGUGAGUCUGUGAAGUCGGUUUGCAAGAGUGAUGGUUCGGUGUGCGCCUUUCCAAAGGACAAGUCUGACAGUGUAGCUGUGAAAGCAGAUAUGUCAUCAUCACUGCAGUUCAAGCACGGCCGCUUGACCAGCAUCUACACUAAGGAUGACACAGCCUGUUCCUCCAAGAUGCGGCACGUGACUGUCGAGUACCGCUGCCCUCCCCGUCCCGAUCAUUUCCAGAAGGAGACCAAGGAGAAUCUGCCAGUUGACGGAACCAUCCACGUUGAUCCGGAUUCAGUGCGUGACAAUGACUGCAACAUGAUAGUUCAUUGGUACACCAACAAUGUGUGUGUUGUCAGCCCCGAGCAGUGUGUUGUGCGUGACAAGUCCGGUCAAAUUCAGUACGACCUCUCAGCACUCUCCGUCGCCAACAUCAACGAAUCCAACUGGAAGGCGGAGAGCACCAACGGCUCUCAGCUCUUCCUGAUCAACAUCUGCAGGCCUCUGAUGGCCGUGCACGGCUGCCAUCCACAUUCGGCAGUUUGCAGUGUCAGGCCGGCUAAGUCGACAACUCGUCCGACCGAUCGUCGUCACUACGGAUCUAUCAUCAACCCUAACCUUGGUCUAGGUGCUCCCUCCACUACUAGUCUCAAGAUCAUUUUCGCCGGUGAAGUACAGAUUACGUACAUGAGCGCACCUCCAAAGGAGGGCUCUAUGGCCACGCCGCCCAAGGGUGUCUGCAAAACGGUGAUCAACUUGCACUGCAAGAAAGGCGUCACGUUCGGUCACCCUGUGUUUGUCGAAAAGCUUGCGGGCUCCUGCUCGUAUGUGUUUGACUGGGAGACGUCAAAGGCCUGCAAGCUGACGGAAGAAACGUCGGGCCAGACCAAGCCAGACGUGACCACCGGCGGUGACUCAUCCGGCAAACCGUCUGUCGGAACGUGUCGCGUGUCGGAUGAGUCCGGCUUUGAGUUCAACAUGUUUGGCCUACACAAUCAUACUGAUGACUACCUGCUUGCUGAUCCUAACAACAAGAAGGUAAAGCUGCGCUUGAACGUUUGCGCCAGCCUGAACAAGCCCUGCGGGGACGACAAGUCUGCAGCAGCGUGCAUCACCAAGGAGGACGGCACUCAAGUGACCGCUGGUGUGACGAACAGGACGCUGCGCUACUUUGAUGGCACGGUGCGCCUUGAGUACCUCAAUGGUGCCGAGUGCUCCACCAAAGGAGAUGAUGGCAAGCCGCUCAAGGGCAAGACAAUCAUCGAGUUCAAUUGUGAUCGCACCACUCACAUCUCCAAGCCUGUCGUGAUCAGCAGCAAGGAUUCAUGCGAGUUCAUUGUGUCCUGGUCUACGUCGCUGGCCUGUCCGCAGCAGGCCGUGCCUUGUCGCGUGGAGUUCAACGGCUCCUUGUACGACCUAUCACCGCUGCAGCUGGCCAAGGGAUACUGGGAUGCGGUGGUGCCGGCGGAUAGCACCUACCGAUACAUGAUCAAUGUUUGCGGGGCGGUUGAUGACUUCAAGCUGCUCAACAACUCCGGCAACUGCUCCAAUGGCCACACAUCCAUCUGCCAGGUGGGAAAGCCCGCUCAUGCUGGUGCUAGUGGAGUGUACAAUGCAGGAUCAUCACAGAGCUCACCCAUUGCCCUGAAGGAUGGGUUGCUGGAGUUGCGCUUGUCCAAUGGCGAUCAAUGCUAUCAUCAUCACCAGCGUGUCCGCACUACCAUCAUCCAGUUUCAGUGUGACCCUAUGCAUACGGGUGCUCCUGAGUUCCAGGCAGAGACUGACUGUGAAUACCACUUCAUUUGGCGCACGCGCUAUGCCUGUGCACUGCGCAACAAGAAGGGACACGACUGCACUGUGCAAGACCCGUACUUUACCCAGCACCGCUACGACCUCACACCGCUGGCCAAGCUGGGACCUCAAAAGUUCACCUACAGCAAUGAGUCGACCAAGGACACGUAUGAGUUCCUGCUGUCCGUGUGCUCGCCCCUGACCAGUGAGAAGUCAUGUGGUGAUGCUGCAGAUAAGAAGACUGCUGCGUGUCAGCUGAAGGAUGGCAAGGUGCUGGCAUCAGCCGGUGUUGCCAAUGGUGGCCUGCAGUAUGUUGAUGGCAACCUUGAGCUACUCUACUGGCAGUCAAAGGUGGACCUGAAGCAGCGAAAGUGCCACGGCAAGUACGUGCGCUCCACGCGUAUCAUCUUCAUGUGUGAUCGUGAGGAUGGCAAGGGGGUGCGUGGUUCUGGCCCCGUCAUGCGUGAGGAGAUGUCCGACUGUCAGUACGUCGUGGAAUGGUACACGAAGCUGGCUUGCAACCCGUCCUUCCAUGAGGCGCCGUGCACUGUGUCUGGUGCAGAUGGUCAGGUAUAUGACCUGUCGCCACUGUCACUGAAUCGCGGUGCUUGGCAAGCUAGCAACAAGUUGUCCGAUCGCCGCUACUACUUGAGCGUGUGUGGAGAACUGAACACUGGAUAUGCUGGCAAGGACAAACCGUGCUAUUUCAGUGCCGCUGUGUGUGCUGUUAAUUCCAAACAAACCAAUAGCUAUGGUCAGGUACACAAGCUGACUGUUGAGAAGAGUGCCGUAGUGGCACGCUACAGUGACGGCUCCGACUGCACCGACCCCAUCACCAAGAAGGCCAGUCAUUACAACACGCUGAUCCGAUUCUCUUGUCGCCAGGGCAGCAAGGGCACACCAAGCCUUGUCGAGGAGUCUGGCUGCCAGUCGGUGUUUGAGUGGGCUUCGGAUGCAGCAUGCGGAACUCGCAAUAUUCCCAAGCCGCCCGUGAUUGGCCCACCAUCUCACGGCGAGGGUGGCGGCGGUGGUGAUGCUACCGGCCCGCAGCCCGCCGUGCCCACCACCAAGCCGUUGGUGCUGCCCAGCUGCGUGGUGGAGAGCGGCAAGAAGCACACGGUGUUUGACCUGCAGGCACUGAUGGGCAAGGUGUACACUCUGCAGGACAAGAGUGGCAUGUCCUACAACCUCAGCGUUUGUGGAGUGUUGCCGGAAGGCAGCUGUCCAGACAAGCAUGGCUCUUCGCAUGUCUCAGUCUGUCAGCAGACUAACCGGAAUGGUGGAAAGGAUUGGGUGAAUGCAGGCAGCGACGGCGGGAAGUUGUCGUAUGAGAAUGGUAUGGUACGCCUGGUGAUUGGCGAUGGUACGAUCUGCCAUCACAACAAUCAGCCACGCCGCACCGUUGUCCAGUUCUACUGCGACCAUAGCAAGCCAACCGAUGCCGCAUUUCCACAUGGCAAACCUUCGUUUGAUCGCGAGGAAGACUGCGUGUACACGUUUUUCUGGGCAACCCCUCUUGCUUGCGAGAAGGAGUUAAAGUGCAGCAUUUCUGACAAGAAGUCCGGUGAAGUGUUUGACCUGUCCGGCCUAGCCAAGUUUAACGACAACUGGAAGGCUACGUCCAAGACAACGUCCGGCACAUACUUGAUCAACGUGUGCCGUGCGUUGACGCCAUUGUCAUCCAACAAGUGCCCGUUCAGUGCCUCUUCGUGUUUGAUUGAUGGUGAUAAGCACCUGAGCUUGGGUCACAUCAACUCUGGCUCUCUGACGCAGACAGCAGACGGCACCGUGCUACUGUCCUACACUGGUGGAUCAAGCGGCAAGGACCAGUGCCCUGGCGGCCGCACUACCAAUAUCAGCUUUCACUGCGGCGACGAGCACCCUGGACCAAUUUUGACAUCUGUAGAAGGCGGUUGCAACUACCGUUUCCAGUGGAUCACACCACUGGUCUGCACUGCGGACGAGUUGAAGCAUGAGGAGGACAAGAACACCGUCGUCAAUGCCAAGAAGUGUGUUGUCACCGACGGUGUCAGUGGAGACUCGUUUGACUUGUCGCGCCUCUACGACGGAGAUCGCAGUCACAUUGUCAAGGGUAGCAAACGCACAUACCACCUGAACCCGUGCGGUGCGGGAGUGAAGGACAGUGAUGGCUGUGACAACGCCGACGUCUGCGCUAAGGCUAGUGGCGACGGCUCGGCACACUCCACUGCCGACUUGGCCAGCCGUACUGUCAGCUAUCAGUACCGUACGAACACGUUGAACGUCUCUUCAACUGGUGGAAAGUGUGUCGGAGAUACCAAGUGGAAGACAACAAUUCUCUUUGUUUGCUCCAAGUCAGCCGGGCAAGGCGAGCCAAUGUUGCUGUCGGACAAUGAUUGCAAGUUGCUUUUCCACUGGCCAACGAAGUUUGCCUGUGGCAAUAUUGCCAGUGAAUGCCUGCUCAAGUCAUCCGCCAAGAACACCAUUGACCUUACCCCGCUAGAGAGGCGCCAUGGUGCGUGGCGGAUCAAGGCCAGCAAUGGUGACAGCUUCUGGUUGAACUUGUGUGCUCCAGUCCAUGAGCAUGUUGACGGUUGCUCGUCAGAUGCGGCCGUGUGCUGGAAGACUGCCGGUAGCCGUACAGCCACAUCGAUUGGGGCGUCCAGCAUCCGCCGCCUUCACCCAAGUAAGGAUCACAAAGCUGCCGUAGUGGAGUAUUUCAGUCAUGAGCUGUGUAAGAAGGACCCAUCUCGUACCUAUCAAGUCAAAAUCGUUGUGUCCUGUGACCCGAAGAAGACGUCAUCCCAGCCUGUGUUCAAGUCGGCUGAUGACUGUGUGUUCCGCUUUGACUGGCUGUCCGUUGCAGCCUGUCCUCUUGGCGCAAAGUCCAAUGUGCAACAACGCAACAGCCGCUGUGGCUACAAGGACUCACUCAAUAAUUUUGUUGACCUUUCCAAGAUGCUAAACCACCAUCGUCUGCUUCACACUACUGAAGGAACGUUUCACUUGCAGCUGUGCGCUGAUGAAUCUCAGCGUCAUCAUUGCGAUGCCGAUGCUGCUGCUUGCCGUGGCGAGGAGGGAGCUGUAGAGACCAUUGCCUCAACUGGACCCACGAGCAGAGUCUGGAUUAGCUCAGCUGAUGGUGCUUUGUUGGAGGUGAAAUCUAGCCACCCGUGUGCCGCAGACAAGACCAGGAAUCACAGCAUCCUUGUCAACUUCCAGUGUGACUCAAUAACGAGUGUGGAGUUUGACCAUAGCUCUCAUCACUGCCAUUACGUCUUCCUGUGGAAAACGCCAGACGUUUGCCCGCGUUUACCAACAGAACCAAUACUGGUUACGACAGAAGCAGCAGCUGACGGGGGCGCUGGCGGUCACAUUCACCAGCGGCCAGGUGGUAACGGUGGUGAUACCGAUGGCAAUACUGGUCUCGGUGACGGCAAGGCAACUCACAAGAAGAAGUCGAGCGGCGCAAAGACGUUUGGUGUGGUCAUGCUGGUCACACUAAUCCUGGUGCUGCUUGUCAUAGCAGUCGUCAUCUACAGAAGUGAUAAUAGAUUGGCAAUGGCCAACCGGAUCUUCUGUUUCUGGCGCGGGACACCACGCAGCCCAUCGACGACACGCUCUUACAAGCAGGUAGCCCUGAGCGAAGAGCAAAGAGAUUUGCUAAAUACCGGUGACGAUGAUGACAACGACAUGCUAGUUGGAGGUGAUGACGAUGAGCAGUUGCUAGCACUAUGAUGAGUGUGUCACUGUCACAGUUGCUAGCACUAUGAUGAAUGUGUGUCAGUCUGUCAGUCUAGGUGACAAUUAGAAUGAUCAUGAUGGUGAUGAUGUCGGUCGUGCUCUUGGAUAUGCUUUGCGGAACAGCACACGAGCCCAUCAUGAUGGCGAUAUUUCUCUGCCCUGUACCCUGCUCCACGGUUUGCAGCUGCUGCUUUUGAAGCACGCGCUGCAACUUGACUCGCUUCUUUUUUUUCAUUUCUAGCGGCACACUUGUUUGUCAGCUGUGCUGGACAAGGAACAUUGGGCAGUGUGUUGGUGUCAGAAUACACCGUUACCCUUCUUUCUUCUGCGCGUCUCUUCAGACUUCCUUUCCGACCUAUGAGAACACUCCAUGUGCUACUGGUGCGCGUGCGCAUUGCUCUGCUGGCCAGCAUGGCCGACACUGCCUGUCCAGUACAUUGCUCUGCUGGCCAGCAUGGCCGACACUGCCUGUCCAGUACAUUGCUCUGCUGGCCAGCAUAGCUGACACUGCUUGUACAGUACAUUGCUCUGCUGGCCAGCAUGGCUGACACUGCCUGUCCAGUACAUUGCUCGGCUGGCCAGCAUGGCUGACACUGCCUGUACUGUACAUUGCUCUGCUGGCCAGCAUGGCUGACACUGCUUGUACAGUACAUUGCUCUGCUGGCCAGCAUGGCUGACACUGCUUGUACAGUACAUACAGUCAUGUAGUUAUUGUGUAAUUGCCGUUAAAAGUAUACUUCCUACCGGUCAGUGGAUUUUGGUUUUUCUUACGUUCCUGUAGCAGUGGUAGAUUUUUCUUUCGACCUGACGAGACCAGACGACGUUCCUGUAGCAGCUUAAGUUCCCCCUGGCCGUCUCCAUGACAACAGCAACAUAAAGCAUGACAGCAACCCCAGUACGCUGUGCGACUCAUUGGUAAAAUUUACAUCUACUUGCUGAAAAAACUCCCCUUUCUCUCUUCAUAUGGUUUCUCAUUUAAUAUAGCCUGUUUCUUUUGUCCCCUUUCAUAUGACUUGGUUAAACAUACGCAUGAAAGACUAUUAAAUUUUCAUAUAUUUCCCAAAGUUUGCUGGAUGAUCUCCACGACAGCCCGAUAGAAUUCAA